CUUAGAUCAGAGAUGGGUUCGUUCGAUGCCAAAUUGGUUUAGCUUCGGGCUUGGGACUCAAGAGUCCACAGGUCAGAGCCAAUCCUGGAUUAUCAUGUUUCUCUUUUCAGCCCGUCCUGCUCUUUAGCGGAGACACGGGCACUCCGCUGUCCGAGGGAUCUCUGAGCUUGUCGACUCAUUUCAUUACCAAAAUGUCCAUUAAAGAAGCCAGAAAUGAGGGGAAGUGGAGCAUGGGGUAUGGAAGACUAUGAGGGAUGAUCCUUGAUCAGUGGAAUAACGUCAUGGCAGCCCAACUUGGAGGAAAUUUUAGCACAUGCAUACGCUAUAUGGUACAUUUUUGCAUGUUCUUUUCUGCUUACUUCUCAGUGAGUUAACGCAAUCUCCAACAACACAGUUGCCAGCAGCUGUCAGAUCUUUAUUUGGAGCAAGGAAUGCAGGUCAGACACAGAAAUAUCAGAAAGCUGGGGGUCAAUGUCACCAACCACCCGUCUACACUGGGUUGUCAGGUUUUAUCCCACAUGCUCGCGCAUUGCGCGAUAAAGCAAGCGACACGAUAGAAAUCAAAUUAUUCAGAAGAACAGUAUGGCAUCAGGGGUAUUUCCACAAUAACCAAUAUCAACGAUAACGCAACCUGAGAACGAUAAAUCCCGCCUCCUCAAGGUCAAGUCGCAAUUCGAGACUUGUCACGGACAAUCGAACAGGAGCCUACUUCUUGUGGCCAAAGAUCUUGGACUUGAGCUUGUCAGCAAGACCAACAGGAGUCUUGACCACAGGCUUCUCGUGCUCCUCGGACUCCUUCUCAGAACCUGCGGUCUGCGCGUUACCAGCGCCUCCACGACCGGUAUGGUAGUCUCGGCCGUCUUGGCUUGGUCGGACAGCAGUCUCGGGAAUGAUGUCCACAUCCUUGCGCUCGGUGGUGGGUGUGCCUAUGUCAGCGAUGUUGCCAGCACCUGAUGGAGUUAUAUUAGCGACUUGUCUGAGUUGUGUGACAGUUGAUAAUGUAUUGUGUAAAUGCAAUGACAGAACAUUGCGCAAAGGGCAUUAUGCUAGUAAUGACUUACCUCCACGACCAGAACUGUACGCGCCAUCACCGUGGCUUCCAACAACGCCAGUUCGAACAACCUCGCCGUCGACAUACUCGGUAUCGUCAGGCUUGAAGUUGCCUGCGCCGCCGCGACCAUGAGAGACUUCAGCAGACAUGGUUACUGAUAAGAAGACAGGAGUCUAUGAUGCGUUCAGAGAGUUUGAGUCGACAGUUGAGUAGAGCUAAGUUUAUAACGUCGAGUCUGACAUAAAAGACAGCCGUUCAGGCGUCAGCGUGGCUCCAGGGCAUGGCGACAACUUAUAGCACCCAUCCCGUCAUCGGCCGGACGGGCAGCACAGCCAUCAGGUUAAGCUUGUUUGUGUGCCUGAGACGUCUUUGAUAAGAGAUACAUGGCAUCAUGAGAAAACCACAGCAGGGCUGUUAUCUAUCGGCUGCCGUCCGAUAUCACUAUCACUCAAAUGGACUUCUCUUAUCAGUCCGCACAACCAACCCCCCAGAGGUUCGCCAAGGACGCCUAGAAGACCGCUAAAAACAACUAAACUGUGGUGAAAGGUCACUAAAUGCGGGUUGAUACAGUGCAUUUGAGAUCUGGGCGCCAAGCACGCGCGAUGAGCGGCAGCAGGGUGUGACGAUGGUUAAAUCGAGAGCGACCAGUCAGAAGCCGUCUUGUGUUGCCUGUUUACGUAUCGGAAUUUGCUGAUUUAAUGUGGGGGAGAACGGGAUCGUUCAACUUAUCGAUCAUCCAAUGCCUCUCAUUUCCACGGCCACGGGUCAAGAAUCCCGUCUUAUCAGGGACCCUGCAUUUGUAUUCGCCAGGUUGGGUGGGAUCUUUCUUUCAGCCCAAUUUUGUACGAAACCGGCCUUUAAGUAUUGGAUUCAGCAGGAAUUUGGUCAAAGAAUGUGCUCUUCUGAUGGCUUCUGAUGCAAUUGUGAUGUUGAUUGUUCAGUCUAUUCACAUGUUUUGACUUGUUGCAAGUCAAGCUCUCGGCUUCGUCAACCUCAAUAUUCCAAGUCUUGACAGCCUAACACAAACUGUUUGCAAUCAUCUAGCAACUCUAUCCAUGUCAUCUAUGUCUAGAAUUUCAAGUCUAUACGGAAACCAAAUUUCUAUACCCAACACAUACGGUACACACCCCAGCACAAAGCAAUACCCAAAAUAGACAUCUUGUCUGGCAGGACUCGUCUUCCAACCCCAUUUUCUUCUCGCUUUGGGUCAUCACCAACAGGCUCCUUGAUCCAUCCCUUUGGCACCUGUGUUAUAAAGUCAUACCAAUAGUCCCCCAUGAUACUAUAACCUUCAUUUGUAGGAUGCAAGCAGUCUCUCAACUCGCCCAGAUCAAAGGUGCUGAAAUCCACGGCAAUAACAUGAUCACCAUCCUUUCGUCGCUGUCGCACAAGUCCAGGGAUCAGGGCCCUGUAAAUAGGCAUCUUGGGUUUCUCAGUGUCACAGGAUGCUAAAGGUAUCGCGACGAGGAUUACUGCAUCCGGGCAGUACCUAACAAUCUUGUCAAUGAGGUCGCCGAGACGAGUUGCAGCAUCUUUGGGGUCGUUUCCUUCUUUGGAGAUCGACGGUCGUAAAUCCAUGUCAUUCGUUCCAGCGUGAAGGAGGACAAGAUUAGGUUUUUGUUCCAACGACUCUGUGACGUGAUCGCUUAUAUACUGAAUUGUCUUGCCAGACCAGGCCGCCUAAAUACGUAUAAGCGUAGUAUCUUCAUUCAGUGGCUGGUCUCACAUAAUAACUGUCCUCCAUGGAACCCUUGUGUCUUGUACCCGCAAAGACAACUUUUUCUCCUGAGUCAAUGUCAGUAUACCCAUCAAUUAAUAUCAUACCAAAUAAUCAAAAAGCAACUUACGUGACGGGUGUUUCGCGAGAGAAAGCCUAUAACCAUUCCCAUCGCCGCCAUCUGCAUCACUUCCCCAACCUUCUGUUAUAGAGUCUCCGACACAGAGUAUGCGAAGAGGAACUUGCAGUUUCCAGGAAUCGUCAGAAUCAACUUUGGUAUAAUUCAAAACAUCUAAUGAAUACCACAUGAUUGUUUACCACGACAAACGAACGC